AAGAAGAAGAACCAGGAUUCGGGAUCAGGAAAGGAAAAGCAGUUGUUGACGGCUGGACGAGGAAUAUAAGCAAACACCAAAAUAAACAGAGCUCUACACCUGAGGCAGACAUGUCUUACGACAAAGCAGAGAGCUACCGCCCCGUCCCCCGGGACUUCAACACCCUCAUCCAGACAUGCAGCUCCAACAUCCAGAAGAUCACACAGAACACUGCUCAGAUCAAGAGCAUCGUGAGCCAGCUGGGGACGAGUCAGGACUCCAGUCAGCUGCAGGACCGACUGCAGCAGAUACAGCAUUACACCAACCAGCUGGCCAAAGAAACCAACAAGCACCUGAAAGAGUUGGGGUCCAUCCCUCUGCCCAUCUCUCCCUCAGAGCAGAGGCAGCAGAAGAUCCAGAGGGACCGGCUGAUGAACGACUUCUCAGCGGCUCUCAACAACUUCCAGGCGGUGCAGCGCAGCGCGGCGGAGAAGGAGAAGGAGUCUGUGGCUCGGGCCAGAGCCGGGUCCCGCCUGUCGGCUGAAGACACUUCUCGGGAUGAGAGGCUCGUUUCCUUUGAUAACCAGGAGGACUGGGGUCAGAUGACCACCCAGACAGAGGAGGCGCCUAUUACAGAAGAGGACCUGGAGCUCAUCAAGGAUAGAGAAACCAACAUCAGACAGCUGGAGUCGGACAUUUUGGAUGUAAACCAGAUCUUUAAGGACCUGGCAGUGAUGAUCCACGAUCAGGGAGAGAUGAUUGAUAGCAUCGAGGCGAAUGUGGAGAAUGCUGAAGUUCAUGUGGAGCGAGGAACAGAGCAGCUGCAGAGAGCCGCCUACUACCAGCAAAAGUCCCGGAAGAGGAUGUGUAUCAUUGCCAUGGUUUGCUCCAUAGUGCUCGUCAUACUUGCCAUCAUUAUCUGGCAAGCUGCUAAGUGAGUUGAUUCUGCACAACCGAUGUGUCACUUCUGUGUUUUACUCUGCCCCUCCCACUUGCAAGUCCCUGCUCGGCAUCAUGAGAAUAGGAAGAGGCUGAGAACAUCACCGAGGAUUAGGUCUGUGCAGAUGGAUGGUCCAAAGCAUCUGAACUGAUCACGCCUGUUUUUAUAAAAUGUUAUAACGAAAAAACCUCCUAUUUAAACUGACAUAAAGGACUGAGGUGAUGAAGGGGAGCGAUCAUUCAUUUCUUAUUUACUGCACUAACAUUAGCUCUCACUGUAUUUAAAAAAAAAAAAAAAAAAAAGUAUCUUAUUGUCAAUGAAAGGAGAAAGGAAACACACAACUUGUUAAAGUGGAUUCAUGUGUUGUUUUAAGGGGUGUAACUUUGUUUCUUAUGAUGUAAAGUGUGUGAGUGCCUGGCAUCCCCUGUAGCAUUACACGGGACCUGUAUGACUCCUGGUGGUGACGUCUGUAAUAUACAUGUUGUAAAGCUCUAACAGAUGACCAAUAUCAAUCUAAUCCAUGUCUGUAAAUACUACAAAGUGCUGCAUUAUAUUCUGCUAAGUACACUAUGGAUCAUAAAUAAUGACAGUAUCUCAACAAUGAAAGUCACGUCUUCAAACAACACAUUUUUAGAUUGAUUUCGAUGACUCUUGACAGUAUGCAUAAUAAAUGUCUUAAACACGU